GGACGAGGCGGAGGAUGCCUUAUUUACGCUCACUCUAGCCUAAACUCACUACUAUGUGAUAUGCCUGAACUAAACAAACUGAAGGACUCGGUGUGGAUUGUGUUAAAGCUGUCGAAUUCCGUUACCUUACUGCUCGGCUGUGUUUAUCGUCAACCUAACGCAUCAAUAGAUGAUAUAGCAGUAUUAUCGGAGCUCAUUUGUGGUGACUUCAAUAUGCCCGAAAUUUCUUGGCUGCCAGUCAAAGCGCCGAGACGUUAUGAAUCAUUUAUUGAAUGUCUAGAGCUCGGACAAUGGACUCAGUAUGUCGAUAGCCCUACCAGACAUCAAAACAUCUUGGACUUAGUCUUUACCAGUGGCCUCAUCCCCAAUACUUUGUAUAUUGGAAAAAAGUUCCCAGGUAGUGAUCAUAACAUUGUCAUAUGCAGCCUUAAUGUAAAAACCACAACCGAUAGAAGCAAAACCGUAACACCUCGUAGAAACUAUCGCAAGGUUGAUUGGAAUAACUUCCACAAUUACCUAAGAAGCACUGAUUGGGGAACUUUCUUUACCUCAAACAAUACCGACACAUUAACUAAUGUAUUUUAUCACAACAUCAAAAGUAUCAUCAACAACAUCGCACCUUUAGAAUAUUGUAAACCUGCGUUCUCCAAAGAUCUCUAUAUACCGGUCAGUACAAGAAGACGUCUUCAAAGACAUUGCACUCAAUUCCACAACUUAAAUGACUUUUCCUCUUUAGUAACGAUGACAGAAAUACUUGUCCGAACAGAGGCAAUAAGUAAACAAAAAGCAGUAGCACAGGAAAAACGUGCAGUUGAACUUAAUAAUAACUCCUCUGCACUCACCAUACUACUCCAAAAUAAACUUAAACGCUCUAAAUCGAGAGGGAGUAUAUUCAUUAAAGGCAAACAAGUAUACGAAGAUCCCAAACUUGUCACAGAAUUAUUUAGUGGACAUUUUUGUUUCUCACUAACUAACGAAAAACCAUUUAAUGAUUCAGAACCAAUUCCAGUAACUCCCUGUGAAAUUACUAAUGUAGAAUUCAGUGUACAAAAUAUCUCCAAGGUAAUCAGUACAUUGAAACACUCAUACACUGAUGGACCAGAUGGUAUUCCAUCUAGCAUGCUAAAACGUGGAGGUGAUGAUAUGUGUGUUUUGCUUCUCAAACUAUUCGCGAUAUCACUCUCUUCAGCGUGUUACCCCACUGCCUGAAAAACUACACACAUCAUUCCCAAAAUUAAAACAGGACCUGAAGCAAACGUUGAAAAUUACCGGCCCAUAAACAUAACUUCAGUGGUAUCCAGAGUGAUGGAAAAAGUAGUUAAGGCCGCUGUAGUCCAACAUCUACUAACUAAUAAUCUCAUCUCGACCUCCCAGCAUGGAUUUCUUAGGUCCAGAUCAUGCGAUACAUGCCUAGUAGACUACCUGAAUGAUAUAACUCUGAAACGAGACAGCGGACUCCUUGUAUCAGUCCUAUUCCCAGACUUUAAGAAAGCCUUUGAUAAGGUCCCACACAAAAGGCUACUCGUCAAACUAAAGUCCUUCGGAAUACACAACACACUGUACUCAUG